AUGAUUGCUCACAGAAAGAAGAAGGCAAAGAAAAAGUCUCUUUCAGCAUCAGGCCAACUUUCUGCUGAUAAGUCCAUAAGUUCCAACUUAGCAUCAAGGAAGGACUACAUCAAGGAGAUGUUGAAUGAUAUCAGUGAGGUCACCCACAUGUUACAAUCUUUCAAGGAAGCUGUUCUUUCUGAUUGCUUUAAAGAAGUCAUUGAUAUACGUCUGGAUGAACUUCUCGAUGUUUUAACAUCUGUAAUUAAUAAGCAUCAGAACCUCAAUUCUGUUGAUAUCCAACAUGCUGCAGAAAUGCUUGCUGCAAAAGUGAAAGCUGUGAUUUAUGCAGAAGUUAAUGAAGACAACAAAAAUAAUCUAUUCCAAGAAGUAUUUUCUUCUGUUGAAACAUUGACAUUUACCUUUGGGGAUAUCUUUGCAAACUUCCUUAUGGGACAUGUACACAGACUGCCUGUUUCUCGGGAAAAUAAGUCUUUUGGAAACACAUCUGUGGACUCAGUCAAGCCAUCCAAUGAACAAGGAAAUUUUUCUCCUAUAGAAUUAGACAACGUGCUAUUAAAAGACACUGACUGUAUUGAAUUGGCUUUUUCAUAUGCUAAAACAUGGUCAAAAUAUACAAAAAUCAUAGUGUCAUGGAUUGAACAAAAGCUUAACUUGGAAUUGGAAUCCACCAGAAAUAUUAUAAAGUUGGCAGAAGCAACUACAACUAACAUUGGACUAGAGGAGUUUAUGCCACUACAGUCUGUGUUUACCAGUGUUCUUCUUAAUGAUGUAAAGAAUAGUCUCCUUUUAGAACAAAGAAUUGCAGCUCUCCAAGCCAAUGAAUUUGUUCAGCCUCUACUGGGGAGGAAAAAUAAAAUAGAAAAGCAAAGGAAAGAAAUAAAGGAACUUUGGAAACAGGAACAAAGUAAAAUGCUCAAAACAGAAACUGCUCUCAAAAAGGCAAAAUUGUUAUGCAUGCAACGUCAAGAUGAAUAUGAAAAAGCAAAAUAUUCUGUGUUUUGUGCAGAGAAGGAGCAUCAGUGCUCAUGUGGUGGAUUAGCAAAAAAUCCUAACAAGCAACUAGAAAAAAAUCGCAGGUUGGAAGCACAAGCACUUCAAAAAGUAAAAGCAGCAAACAAACUCUACAAAGUUUGUGUAACAAAUGUUGAAAAAAGACAAAAUGAUCUAGAAAACACCAAAAGAGAAAUUUUAACACAACUCAGGACACUUGUUUUCCAGUGUGAUCUUAUCCUUAAAGCUCACUUGCAGGCUGCCUCCCUUGCAAACAGUUUAGUCUUUCACUGUGAUAGCGCCAAACUUUAUGAUCCAGGCCAAGAGUACAGUGAAUUUGUGAAGGCUACAAAGUCAACUGAAGAAGAAAAAAGUGGUUGCCUCACAUGCAUAAGAUCUUCUUUCAUAAGAUCAUGAACAUUUGGGAUGUUUAGUGACUUAGAUACUUGAGGGAGCAGUGAAUCUGGAUCCUUGGAUUCAGAAUCUAUAAGUCCACGAGACUUUCAUCAAAAACUUCCACAAACUCCAUUCAGUGGAACCAUGCCUUCUGCAGAUGAUUUAGAUGAAAGAGAGCCACCUUCCCCUUUAGAAGCUGAACCCAGUUCCCUUGGAGCAUUUAAGAAACCAUUGAUGUCAAAGGCAGCUGUUACUCACAAGUUCCGAAAAUUGAAAUCCCCCUCAAAAUGCAGAUAUUGUGAAGGCAUUGUAGUGUUCCAAGGUGUUAAAUGUAAGGAGUGUCUCCUUGUUUGUCAUCAUAAAUAUAUGGAAAACUUAGUUAUCUUUUGCGGUCACCGGAAACUUCUGGGGAAAACACACUUAUUUGGAGCAGAAUUCACACGAGUUACAAAAAAGGAGCCAGAUGGCAUUCCUUUUAUACUCAAAAUAUGUGCUUCAGAGAUUGAAAAGAGAGCCUUGUGUUUACAGGGAAUUUAUCGUGUCAGUGGAAACAAAGCAAAAACUGCAAAACUGUGUCAAGCUUUGGAGAAUGGAAUGCAUUUGGUAGACAUGUCAGAAUUUAAUUCACAUGACAUCUGUGAAGCCUUAAAAUUAUACCUUCGAAAGCUCCCAGAACCAUUGAUUUUAUUCCCAUGGUACAAGGAAUUUAUGGACCUUGCACAAGAGAUCCAACAUAUUAAUGAAGAGCAAGAUACCAAAAAUGAUAACCCUAAGGACAAAACAUACCCAAAUAUGUGUGUAGAAAUAAACCGAAUUCUUCUAAAAAGCAAGGUCCUUCUAAGACAAUUGCCAACAUCAAAUUUUAACAGUCUUCAUUACCUUAUCAUACAUCUUAAACGGGUAUUAGACCAUUCUGAAGAAAACCUGAUGAAUUCAAAAAACUUGGGGGUGGUAUUUGGACCAUGUCUCAUGAGGCCAAGACCUGCAACGGCUCCUGUUACUAUCUCUUCCUCCCUUGUUGCAUAUGCCAAUCAGGCCCUGUUGGUAGAGUUCCUCAUUACCAACUCAUAGAUGAUCUUCGAUGAGUUCCUAGAGUCACAAAAUGUUACAUGUAGUACAGGUGUUAUUUCACCUCUGGUGGAUAAAAGCUGUCCUUCCAAACCCGUGAUAUCACCAGAACAUUCCACAAAGUCACAAUAUUUUUCUUCAAAGGAAGAUAUCCACACUGCAGAUAGUGAAAGUGAAAAUUUUGAAUCAGCUACAUCAUUUGAGGAAUCAGAAUGGAAGCAAAAUGCAUUGGAAAUAUGUGAUGCAUAUCUCAUUG